AACUGAGCCACGCACACUGGAGAAAAGUUGGAGGCAGUGCAGCCACUGAGGGCUCCCACCCGCUCGAGGGCUGUGGGAAAGCAGCACCUUUCCCAGGUUGUCCUUGGGAGGUGGCAAAGCUCUGUCCCUGCUGGAGCACUGCUGACCACUGUCACCAACCAAUCAUGCAUAGAGCAUGAGAGCCCACAACACAUAAACCCAUGGUUGCUCAGAGGAAAGGAGAAGGCAGGAGAGGAAAAGGAGCAGUUGAGAGCCACCAGCAGCUGACACAGGUUAUCAGCUCCAGCACUGAGCUCCCAGAUGGGGCCGAUGAGUACAAGUGAGUUGCAGGGCCACGUCGUCCCCCAGGCCAUGUUAUUCCCAGCACACAGGGCUGAGCAUGCAAAGUAACUCUGCAAUGUUCUCCAAGGUCCCUGUAGACCAAGGGUCACUUUAGGAAGGUUUCUAGACCUGCCUGAUAGAGGCUUACUCCAAGUAGCUUCAGAGCCGGUGAGAGCGGGACUGCUCCAUCCAUGCAGCUACACCAUGGAUCCAUGUUACAACCAUACAGGCUCUCAAGAAAGGAUGGACUUUCCCCUGCAGCUGCUGGUUGGGUCCUGCCUUGUCAUCCUCAUCGUGAUCACUCUCUGUGGUAACAUCAUUGUCUGCCUGGCCGUCACCCUUGACCGCCGGCUCCGCAGCUUGACAAACUGCAUCAUCGUCUCCUUGGCCAUCACUGACCUGCUGCUGGGUCUCCUGGUGCUGCCCUUCUCUGCCUUCUAUGAACUUGCCAAAGAGUGGCCCUUUGGCAGCACUUUGUGCAACAUCUACAGCAGCCUCGAUGUCAUGCUAUGCACGGCUUCCAUCCUCAACCUCUUCCUGAUCAGCCUGGACCGUUACAUCGCUGUCACCACCCCACUCCGCUAUUGCCAGCUGGUCACUCCUCCCCGGGUGGCUGUGGGUUUGGUUGUUAUUUGGACCGUUUCACUGAUGGUCUCCUUCCUACCAAUCCAUCUGGGCUGGAACACCAAUGGGACAACAGUCCAAAACACGGUCCCCAUCUGCAACAAGGAGUGCACGCUGGAGGUGAACCCUGUGUAUGGAUUAGUGGAUGCCUUGCUCACCUUCUAUAUCCCUUUGGUCAUCAUGUGCGUCACCUACUACCGGAUACUCAAGAUAGCAAGGGAGCAAGCCAAGAGGAUAAACCACACGUGGUGCAACACCCCCAUGUCACCCAUGGUGAAAGAGCACAAAGCCACUGUGACACUAGCAGUGGUGUUGGGAGCGUUCAUCGUGUGCUGGUUCCCCUAUUUCACCGUGUUCACGUACCGGGGGAUGUGGGGAGACAGCAGGGUGAAAGGCACACCCAUGUCCGUUGUCCUCUGGCUGGGCUACGCCAACUCAGCCCUGAACCCCAUCCUCUAUGGGACACUCAACAGGGAUUUCCGAGUGGCAUAUCAGCACUUGCUGCACUGCAGGAGGACAGGGGGUCCCAGGAGCUCCUGCCUGCCUCCCCUACAGAAGGCCCAAUCCAGAGGCGGGCAGGGCCAGGGCAGGCAGGAGGGUAAAACCCUGAAACUGGAGAUGAGGAAUGAGAAGGGGAUCCUGCUGACCGAUGGAGCCCGCAAGAGCACCAGAGCUCUCCCAUGAGUCUCAGCCAGCCUGCUGCCCUAGGACUCACAUCUCUUAGCCUUCAACUCCUGGCUACCCUCUUCCAAAAUCCUGUGUAUGAGGUCAAAAGACAACACUCAGCUUUCCUCAGCGAAAAACUCAACAGCAGAGGCAAAGGCUGCAGGGAUCCCGACUCUGGCACGUGGCAUUUACUCCAUCCCCAAAACUGCUGGAGAGGCCUCUGCCCACCCAGGUUUCUUCCCAGGAGGGUGGUAUAUUUGAAGAGCCCUUGGAGAAGCUGCAGAAGAGCCUCUCCCCUGCUCUGUC